AGCGGAGCCUCGGUGUGCGCUGUUCCUGGCUCGUUACACCGGGAGAUCACAUUUCCUCAACCCAUGCUGAACUUACACGUAGCGCUCAUGCUAGGCUAACAGCUAGCUGCACCGGCGCCCUGCUAGUUCUGCUUUGAUAAAGUGUUGAUUCCAGACGCGCCAGAGGAAACAUUUCGGCGUUAGUUAGCAUCUGAGUUCAUGGAGAUAACGACGAGUUUCAGUGAUUAAAGGUUUGAACUCUCAAUCAAACAGGCACCUCAGCCUUUGAUUCAGGUGGAUGAGCAUGGCGGACAGCAGGGAUGCCGGUGAGAGCACCCCUCUCCUGGACUCAUCUGGGAGCAGAUCUCCACCAUCAUCAGUGUUCCAGGGAAGGAGGCUGGCAUGUGCAGCCAUUCUGCUGGCUGAGUCCCUGGAGCGGGUUGCAUUCUACGGCAUCACAUCCAAUCUGGUUCUCUUCCUCAACAGCAGCCCUUUCUAUUGGCAGGGCACGCAGGCCAGCCAGGCACCUCUGGUGUUCAUGGGAGUCACUUACCUGAUUUCACCCUUUGGAGGCUGGCUGGCGGACGCCUACCUUGGGAAAUUCUGGACCAUUGCUGCGAGCCUGAUCCUGUAUUUUACUGGCUUGCUGUUUUUCCCCUUCAUUUCUAAUGAAGACACCAGGAUUCAACUGUGUGGAGAAGAGCUGGCGUUUCCUGUGCAGCCCGCUGAGUGUCUGAGCACAAACAGCACCCCUCCAAGCAGUAUAACCUGCCCCAUCCGGGCCUCAUACUGUGGCCCCGUAAUCUACAGUGGACUGUUUUUAAUUGCAUUGGGUGUGGGUUCAGUGAAAUCCAACAUCACUCCAUUUGGGGCUGAUCAGGUCAAAGACAGAGGACCAGAGGCCACACGCAGAUUUUUCAACUGGUUCUACUGGUGCAUUAACUUAGGAGCCAUCCUGUCUCUGGGAGGCGUGGCCUACAUUCAGCAGAAUUUCAGCUUUGAGCUCGGCUUCAUCAUUCCAGCAGUGUGCCUCGGGGUCUCUUUCCUCGUCUUCCUCUUGGGCCGAACUGUCUUCAUCACCAAGCCUGCUGAUGGCAGCGCCUUCACAGACAUGGCCAAGAUCCUGAGCUUCGCCUGCUGGUCCAAAAAACCCAAAGAACCUAACCUGCUCCGCAACAAACCAACACUAUUGGACAGUGCCAAAGUGACUUAUGGUGGGAAAUUUCCAGAAGAGAAAGUAGAGGAAGUGAAAUCUCUGGUGAAAAUCCUCCCAGUUUUCUUUGCCCUUAUCCCAUAUUGGACUGUUUACUUCCAGAUGCAGACAACAUACGUCCUGCAGAGCCUCCAUCUGAGGAUUCCUGGUAGCUCGAACAGCACUGGGGACUCCCAACAGAUGACGUUCCGCUUCCCGACUGCCUGGCUCACCAUGUUUGACGCAGUGCUCAUCCUUAUGCUGAUUCCCCUUAAGGACAAAGUGGUGGACCCCAUCUUGAAACGUCGCGGCCUGCUGCCCUCCUCUCUGAAGAGGAUUGCAGUGGGGAUGUUCUUUGUGAUGUGGUCGGCUGUGGCGGCGGGUAUUCUGGAGACCAAACGCCUGGAGAUCGUCAAAUCAAAUGGUACCAUUGACCAGGUGCUUGGCAACGUUAUCUACUACGCUGCAGAUUUACCCAUAUGGUGGCAAGUGCCUCAAUAUGUGCUGAUAGGAAUCAGCGAGAUCUUUGCCAGCAUUGCAGGUCUGGAGUUUGCCUAUUCCGCAGCCCCCAAGUCCAUGCAGAGUGCCAUCAUGGGGCUCUUUUUCUUCUUCUCUGGGAUUGGCUCCUUUGUGGGCUACGGCCUGUUGGCUAUUGUCUCCCUUAAAGAGAUUGGCUGGAUGUCAUCCCACAAAGACUUUGGUAAUAUCAACGACUGCUCUCUGCACUACUACUUCUUCCUCCUGGCAGGCAUCCAGGGCUUAACCUUGCUGGUCUUCCUUAUUGUCUCUGUCAAGUAUGACAAGCAGAGGGGCAGAGCGGGAAGCCAAAGGCAGAGACACACCUCCUCAUGACCCCAACACCUGCCCCGUUGUCCUCCCUCACCAUACCUGCCUUCUCCUGUCAAAUCACCCAGUGCACAAAGACCCUGUCAAA